CGCUUGGCCACCUACGGCAUCAACGUGGCGGAGCUGACGGGGGAUCACCAGCUGUGCAAGGAGGAGAUCAGUGCCACCCAGAUCAUCGUCUGCACCCCGGAGAAGUGGGACAUCAUCACCCGCAAGGGAGGAGAACGCACCUACACCCAGCUGGUGCGACUGGUCAUACUGGAUGAGAUCCACCUCCUGCACGACGACCGAGGGCCCGUCUUGGAGUCUUUGGUAGCCAGAGCCAUCCGCAACAUCGAGAUGACUCAGGAGGACGUGAGGCUGGUUGGGUUGAGCGCCACCCUCCCCAACUACGAGGACGUGGCUACCUUCCUGAGAGUGGACCCGGCCAAAGGCUUGUUCUAUUUUGAUAACAGGUACUGGGGAAAAGCUGGGAGAGAUCUUUGCCAUCUAAAGGGUGGGGUUGAGUAUGGUCAGUUGAGUAUCUAUCUGUGGCACGGUGCCAGGGUCUCACUGGGCCUUCACCCAACUCUCAACACACGUUUAUUUGCUCUUAGACGUGCUG